AUGGGUUUUUUGUUGAAAGAAGUUUUGAAGACUUUGUGUGGUAGGAAUCAGUGGUCUUAUGCUGUGUUCUGGAAGAUUGGUUGCAACAAUUCUAAGCUAUUGAUUUGGGAAGAAUGUUAUUAUGAACCAUUUUCACAUCCUUCCGCUCAUGGUAUUGUUGGGAUGUCAAAUGUGCGUAAUCCGAACGAGGAAGGAUGUUGGUUUUCUUCUGAGUUUCAAUCAUCUCAUCAAGGAAUUCAAGAGGAGGAUAGAGUCUCUUCUUUGAUUAACAAAUUGAGCGUAAAUAAUUUAGUCGUUGUUGCAGGUGAAGGUAUAAUUGGACGCACUGCGUUUACCAAUAGUCAUCAGUGGAUUCUCUUGAAUAGUUUUGCUAAAGAUGCAUAUCCACCUGAGGUAUAUGCUGAAAUGCAUCUCCAAUUUUCAGCUGGAAUGCAGACAGUAGCAGUUAUUCCAGUGCUUCCUCAUGGGGUUGUUCAACUUGGUUCUUUCUUGCCUAUAAUGGAGAAUAUGGGGUUUGUGUACGAAGUAAAGAGCCUGAUUUUGCAACUGGGAUGUAUUCCUAAUGCCCUUCUAUCCGAGGACUAUUCAGAUAAAUUUUCAAAUGAAAGACUCGAUGGACGCGCUACUUCUGGUGUGCCUAUGUCAGUUGAUUCGUCAGUCAUUACCUCGAAUUCCACUCCUUCCAUAGUUAAUGGCUCCAAUCACCGAAGUUAUUCAUCUCACUCACUUUAUCCGUUAAGGGGUGAAAAUAAUAAUCGUCAGGACAGGGUUGUUGUGGCUGAAGUAAUACCUUCGAAUUUUGAUUCAAGCCGGCACCAGCAUUCCGUUUCAUAUAAUGCAGGAUCUGAAUUCAAUAACUUAGCUGGUUCUGUGCCGUUUGGCCAGUCAGGGCCAAGUGGUUACAUUAAACCUCGUGUUAAUGUGUCAAGUUCCGUAAACAUUUCUCAACUAAAAACAGAUAGAAGCCAUAAUAUGGGUUCUAGCAGUACUUCAUUACUAAGAGGAAUCCCAGUACAUGGUGGAAUGAAUAGUUUUUUGAGGACUCAAGAAUGUUCUGAUCAGAAGAUUCUUCCCGAAAUUUCCAAGUUUUCUUCAACAGAUCAAAAGAUAGACUCUAACAUGCUUCAGACUCCUAACAUUCCCUGUUUUAACAUUGACGAGCAUGUGCCGAAUAGUCGUCAUAUCCCAGGUUUUGUCCGUGAUUGCAUUCAAAAAGACGGCGUCGAUUUUAAAAAUGAACUUCUGAAAGGACACUGGAAUGAACUGUUUGCUGAUGAACCAGAUGGUAAUGCUGAAAAUAUGGUUAAAAAGGAAACAUGUAUGAACGUAGAAGGUUCAAAUUCUGAUUUUUAUUCGGUUAACAAAUCAAUGUCGGAAAGUGGCAUUUUCUCCGGGAUGUCAACAGACAACCUCUUGGAUGCUGUGGUCUCAAAGGCCAAACCGACUUUGAAACAGAAUUCCGAUGACUUGUCUUGCAGAACAACUUUGACCGGGAAUAGUACCGCCUCUAUUCCCUCUCCUCUUGGCAGGAAGUUUAUGUCCAGUAAUUUCCAAGGGGGUUUGUUUGAUAUAUCUAAGAAUGAAGGCAAAACGGGUGUUUUAGAAACUAGUUCUCUGAAGUCUGGUUGUAGCAAGGACGAUGUGGGAAACUGUUCUCAAACUACUACUCUAUGUGGUUCUCAACUUAGUUCAUGGUUGGAGAAUGGAGGCAAUCUGAAGGGCGGAAAUAGUGUUUCAACUGGAUACUCUAAGCGCCCGAAUGAAGCUUGCAAAUCUAAUCGCAAAAGGCUUAAACCAGGAGAGAAUCCAAGGCCUCGACCCAAAGAUCGCCAAAUGAUUCAAGACCGUGUCAAAGAGUUACGAGAGAUUGUUCCAAAUGGAGGAAAAUGUAGUAUAGAUGCACUGCUGGAACGGACCAUAAAGCAUAUGCUUUUCUUGCAAAGUGUGACAAAGCAUGCAGACAAGCUGAAAAAGACCGGGGAGUCUAAGAUUAUUAGUAAGGAAGGUGGAUUGGUUUUGAAAGACAACUUUGAGGGAGGAGCUACAUGGGCAUAUGAGGUUGGCUCCCAAUCAAUGGUUUGUCCGAUUAUAGUCGAAGAUUUGAAUACACAUCGUCAGAUGCUAGUGGAGAUGCUUUGCGAGGAACGAGGUUUCUUUCUGGAAAUUGCCGACUUAAUCAGAGGAUUAGGCUUAACCAUCUUGAAAGGGGUAAUGGAAGCUCACAAUGAUAAAAUCUGGGCACGUUUUGUUGUCGAGGCAAACCGGGACGUAACAAGGAUGGAAAUAUUUAUGUCGCUCGUACGUCUUCUGGAGCAAACGAUGAAGGGAAAUGCGUCUUCAUCCAAUGCCAUUGAUGACAUGUUAGGUUACAACUCUUUACCCCAGAAGGGCUAA